AUGCCUCCCAAGCGAAAGUACCUUGUCAUCGAUGACUCUGACGAUGACACUGACGCCUCAAUCGAACUCAUUUCAAUGGGACACACCCCAAUAGAUCGACACACCCCAAUAGAUCAACAAAUCCCAAUCGGUCAACAAUCCUCAAGCAUUCAACCACUCUCAAGCACUCGAACAUCCACAAGCGGUCGACCAUUCUCAUUCGGUCGACAGUCCUCAAUCGACCAGCACACCUCCGGUCAACAAACCCCAAUCGCUCAACCUUCUGCAGCUCAAAACCCAAGUGACAAUGGAAGAGGCUACAUUUGCAGUCCUCACACCACCCAAUUGGAAGCCCAAUCAAUUCGAAGUACCUCAAGUCCCGAAUUGGCGUUUCUGCCCCGCAUAAGAGAUCUCUAUGGCCCAAAUGUCUACCCUUCGGAUUUCUUGCCAUUAGGAGAGGGGCCCUCAAGUGCAGGCGACGGAACAAACAUGAGCGAAGCUUACUUUAUGCUCUUCGCAACAUCAUCUCCUAGGUUGCCCGCUCAAGAGAUAAAGCAGAAAUUCGAAGGCUUGUGUGCGAGAGGAUUGGUUGAGGAACAAGAUCAUUUUGCUUCGUUGCUUGAUACAAUUGCCGCCCAAAUGAUGGAAAUUCGCAUCUUUACUGGACGAAGUGGGGAUGCCCAAAAGCGUCUCGGGGUCACGGCUGCAGACCUGAAAGCGGUGGUCAAUGGGUGGGACGCGUGGAUCAAGAAAGAAAAGCUCAAUCUCAAGAGCAUUGCAGACUAUAGGGCCGAGGCAGUCAAGCGGAAGUCUAAGGUCCCUGCCAAUGAGGCAUUGCGAAUCAAGGAGACAAGUCUUUUGCGGGACAGAGGAAUCAAUCUGGAUGGGACUCCAGUCGGGGAAGUGGUCGAAGCCCAAGGUGAAGAGGAGGAAGCUCGAAUUGAAGGGGAGGAUGUCUAA